GUCUGUACUUCCAGCACUUCCUCCCUCUUGGGUCUGUGGAGCAGGUGGUCACCAAUAACCGGCUCUCUCCAGGAUCAGGAUGGAGGUUACUCCGGUCUUUGGGUAUUUCUGUUUCUUUGCAUCUUUUGCUAGUAUAACGAAAGGGCUGACGCAGUCUCGCUACAUCACGCGUCUCCUUCAUGUCGCUGAAAAUGAAAAUUUCACGGAAAUGACGCCAUUUUUUGGGAAGGAGGAAAGUCAGGUUGAAUAUUGGAAGAUCGCUCAUAAUGGACAUACCCAGUCUGAGGUACAGGAAAACUAUGAAAACAACCAACUGGGCCCAAUGAAGAGAAGAAACACUGACAAAUGCGACGAGAGAUACGAAGAAAAGUUGUUUGUGAAAAUAGUUUUGACCUUUGCAGAUCAACCGCUGGUCAUCGUCCAUGAUGGCGAGCAAAAAUCCUUUGACAUCAUCAAUCUUCUGCAGGACAUCAAAAUCCAGAUCUCAUUGAUUUUAGUUGAUUUCAAGCACUUAGCUAAUGACAGCAUAGAAUGGCCAAAGCAGUUGCAGAAUGAUUUGUAUAUCUAUAUUUUGAUACUCAGUGAGCAAGAAGCUUCAGUGUUAAAUUUGUUGGGGCAUUCAUUCCUUCAAAGUUCGCAUCCAAAAUACCUUCUCCUUCUUGAUGUGAGUUCCGGUGGCUUCGGACGACACUUACUGAAUCAUAAAACACUGAAUAAAAUUCCCUUUUUAUCUCUAAUACGACCACAGUAUGAUUCUUGCAUACAAACACCGAUGAUCUCGCUUGAAACAUACAACAUUUUCUCCAAGAAUGUCUCAAAUCAACUCAGACAAAGUUACGAAUUCAGCUACGAUUUGAAUAAGCGUCAAGUCUUCCCUGACCGCUUCCCAACUUUUCUCGGAUAUCAUUUCCACCUGGCCAGUUGGCAAGAUGAUUUUCCAUACAUGGUGAAAAAGGAAGGCGGAUCAGAGACCAGCGGAAUUUGUUUCAUCAUGCUACGAGAAAUUUCUAGAAAGCUUAACUUCACUUUCCAAGUCUAUGAUUUGCCUCCAGACAACCAGUGGGGGAGCUACGUUAACGGCUCAUGGAGAGGAAUGAUUGGAGAAGUUUACUAUGGACAAAAGGAUUUUGGAAUCAAUCAGAUGGAUAUCGUGGCGGAUCGUUUCAAGGCUGUUGACUUCAGUGUAUCAUUCUGGACAAGUAACAGUAGAUUCCUCAUCCAAAAUCCUGAGCCACCGCCAAGAUGGAGUUCUAUUGUCUUUCCAUUCAGUCAGAUGACUUGGAUCGUUUUGGCAAUUACAUCACUAGUUAUUGUUGGCAUCUACAUCUUGUUCUUCAAGAUUCUUGGAAUCCAUCGGGCGAGAGACUUUGUGUGGAUCGCACUUGACGUUUUUAAAACGAUCCUUGGCUUAGAUAGUGAGAGCUUCUCGUACUACUCCUCUGUCACGCUGUUCAUUGGAAUCUGGCGCCUGGCAGCAAUGGUUAUAUCGGUAUCAUAUAGAGGAAACCUCGUAGCGUACAUUAGUGUCCCUCCUGCCCCCCUGCGCCUGAAAACUCUGGAUCAACUCGCAUCUUCUUCGUCUCUUACACCUUUGAUGACUGAUUACGGGAGUUACCUUCCUGUGGCGCUUAAGAAUUCAGGCGACACGACGCUCAGAACACUGGGAGAACGUCUCGAGAUCAUUCCAUUCGAUAAUAGAUUAGCUUUCGAUAAGGUUUAUGAGGGACGUUACGCCUUCCUGGAAGAAUCUUCUUUCCUGCACUCACUGGUCGUUUCCUACAAUGUUUCCAAUGUCUAUUAUCUGCCUGAAACCUUAAACCAAGUUCAUCUAGGGUGGUAUUUCCCGAAGAACACUCCGUGGAAAUACAAGUUUGACCACUUUCUUUCGAUUUUUGCUGAAUCGGGGCUUACAUACUACUGGUACAAAGAAGUUAAGGACAGUUACGAAAAGGAAAACAACUAUACUAACACUAACAUUCAGGACAUCGGAAGUCUACAACCUCUCUCCAUGACAGAUUUGCAGGGUGUUUUCGUUGUCUAUGGCUUCGGGAUCAGCAUGUCUUUGUUAGCUGCUGCCGCGGAAAUCGUGACCUCUAUAAAUGGACUCCAGUUGUCACACAAAUUGGAAAAAACCAUUGAAGGUUUCUGGACAUAAUUGCUGCUACAGUUAUUGUUGCUUUGCGUUACUGCAACAGUUGCCCAGAGGCAUAAGUAAGAAAAUCUUCAUCAGACGAAUUGUGUUUAGUCUGCUUUGUUAAUCUUUAAAUCAGGAUUAGAGAGAGAGAGAGAGAGAGAGAGAGAGAGAGAG